GAUGGUAGAGGCACAGGGACCCCAGGCAUCAUACGACUUCUGCCACAAUCCACAUGCAGGCGCCCUCUUGCAGGGCUUACAGGAACUACGAUCUGACAACCUGCUGACGGAUGUUGUCCUCUGUGUCUCUGGAAAAGAGAUUCUGUGCCAUCGAAACGUUCUGGCUGCCAGUAGUGAGUACUUCCUUGCAAUGUUCUGUAACGGACAUCGUGAGAGCAGAGAGCACAAAGUGACCAUACAUGAAUUCAGCCCUGGAGCCUUGCAGGCUCUUGUUGACUACGCGUACACAUCGAAAGUCACCAUCACGGAAGACAACGCUGUGAAACUGCUGAAAGGAGCCAACUUCUUCCGGAUCCUACCUGUGCGUGAUGCAUGUGUGGCUUUCAUAUCCGACAACCUGAGUGCUGAAGACUGUCUGCAGAUGCUGCAGUUAGGCAACAUGCUGUCCUGCCCAACCCUGGAGAAGACAGCGAGGGCUUACGCCAUUAAGGAGUUUGCAGCAGCCAGUGAAACGCCAGAGUUUCUUUCUUUGACUAAAGACCAGCUCAUCACACUUAUCUCAUCUGACGACCUCAACGCUUCAGAAGAAGUCGUGUACACAGCAGUGAUGGCGUGGAUCAACCAUGACACUGAUGAGAGAAAUCAGGACAUGAAAGAGCUGAUGGAACUGGUCAGGUUCCCCUUCAUGGACAAGCAGUAUUUCUUCGAGAAUGUUGAGACCAACGAGGCCGUGCGCAAGUCUUGUCAUGGUCUAAUGGCAGAAGCGCGCAGAAGCCAGCACUUUCCGGGAGAGGUCCAGUCACCCCGCACCCGGCCCCGGCGUGCCAGUGGUCUGAGGGAGGCAGUGGUGAUCGUUGGAGGGAUACAAGAUGAUGACGACGAUGAUGAAGAAAGUACUUAUCGCUCCAAGUCUAUCACGAUGACCUGCGAUGCACAGCCAACGAGCUCAAGUUGGAUCGACAUGACUGAACUUCUCCAGGGCUCUGAAGGUCCGUUUUCUGUGGCUGUCCUGGGCAGGAGUGACAUUGUCGUGUCUCUUACCACUCCUGGCAAGGAUGUCAUGCUGUACCAGCCAGAACUGGACUGCUGGUCCAAGCUUGCACAGAUGAACUUACAGCGGUACAGUCACGGGCUGGCGGUGUUAUAUGGUAAAGUGUAUGCGAUUGGUGGCACUAGCCGCAAUGACGCAGCACUGGCAUCUGUUGAGGUCUACGACCGAAGUCAGAACAAGUGGACCGAGGGUGUUCCUCUCCCACAGCCAAGGCACUGUCAUGCAGUGGCCGUGUUGGACACCAGCAUAUAUGUGAUGGGUGGGUUUGAUAAAGAAUUCAAAGCGAAAGCCACCGUUUACCGCUUCAGCCCUGGAGACUUACAGUGGCAGUCCAUGGGGGACAUGCCUAGUGUAGAUGAUGAUCGUAUAGGUAGCUGGACCGCCACAGUCCUAAAUGGCAACAUCUACCUGGCUGGGGUAACGUUACAGUCGUCCCUGUACUGUUACACGCCCAGCGAAGAUGGUGGUCUCUGGAGUGAGGUAGCAACAGGUCUUCUAUCGGGAUCGGAUUGCGGAAUGACCGCGUUCAGGGGAAAGGUUUACAUCUUAGGAGGCAGUGAUGAUGAUUGGACGGCUAAUCCAGAAAGUGCGGCUGUCACGUGCUUUGAUCCAGACAGCCAGUCACUCAGCCGUGUGGGAACCAUGGCCAAGUGUAUGUACAACAUUUCUUGCAUCACAAUACUCAAGUAUUGCUGAUGAUAUACAGGGGACACAUUGAAUUGUUGAGAAAGUGCCACU